AUGUUACAAUGUGUACAUUUGUCUGCUUCAGAUGGGAAACUGAAGAAAAAAAUGAAAAAUAAAAGAAGUUCCUCAUCUUCCUCGUCAAGCUCUUCUUCUUCAUCCUCCUCAUCCUCCUCAAGUGAUGGAAAGUCCAAGAGGAAGGAAAGGAAAAAGAAAAAAUUCAAGAAGAAGUUAAAGAAGAAGAAAAGAAAGUUGAAGAAAGAGAUGAAAUUGGAGAAGAAGAAAAUGAAGAAGAUAAAGAAAUUGGAAGAAAGAAGAGCAUCCCUGCUUGUAGAUUUGAUGCCCCCUCCAGCCCCCCCACAGCCUGUAGGCAGCGCCCCCCAGCCCUUCCUGGAGUUGUGGCAGAGUGAUGAUUGCACAGAAGAUCAUGGACCAGGUAUGCUGGUCAAUGAGAUCCAUAGGGAAUUUGCGCCAGCAGUUGAGUUUAGACUUGUAGCGGUCUCAUAUUUUGUCAUAUAUCGUCAGUAGUUAGAUGUUUAUUUGUUACCUAGCUCAACAAAGAAUGGAAGAUGAAACCAGAUAUAAAGCUGAGCAGAUGGAUGUUUUGUUUUUGUCCAUUCUGUAGCAAUGACAGAUGAGCAGAAAGCCAGGCUAUCCACCAAGAGGCCCUUAACAAAGGAGGAGUAUGAGGCUAAGCAGAGUGUCAUCCGCAGGGUGGUAGACCCUGAGACUGGACGCACCAGGUACACCAACGCUAUAUACAACAGUGUUCCCAUGGCAUCUAUGGUUCAGUAGUUUCAGUCUCUAUUCCUAUAUGGGUGUGUGCUGGUUUUUAUUCCUUCUGUUUUUGUUUUUCAGGCUGAUAAGGGGAGAGGGAGAGAUCAUUGAGGAGAUUGUCAGUAAAGAGAGACACAAAGACAUCAAGGUAAAUGGAAAACCAUCAAAGGCCAUGCAGCUAUGUGUGCUGUGGGUUAAAAUGUUGUCAUCUACCUAAAAAAAAAUGCCUACCUAACACUGGCCCUCCUCUCUUGUCACAGCAAGCCACAAAGGGAGACGGAAACUCCUUUCAGAAGAAACUAGGACUAAAC